UGGUGCCAAGGAUCGGGCAUAAAACCCUAAAUUUGGCAGCAGAAAAGCCGGGGCGCAAUAUAAAAUGUUUUCCCCGACACCAUCACCACCACCACGAGACACUCGUCGCCUCAUCGUUCCUUCAUAUAUUUCCAAUGGCUGCCUCUGCUGCUGUGCGCAGAUUCCGCCCUGUAGUGAUAUCCGGGCCCUCAGGCACCGGAAAAUCAACGUUGAUAAAAAGACUCUUCGCCGAUUACCCGGAUACCUUUGCGCUUUCGGUUUCUCAUACAACCAGAGCACCCCGCCCCGGCGAACAAGACGGGCGCGAAUACUACUUCACAACGCGCGAUGCCUUCCAAUCCCUCAUCGACGAAGGAGGGUUCAUCGAGUGGGCGCAAUUCAGCGGCAAUUACUAUGGCACCAGCACCAAGGCGGUGAGGGACGUGGCGGAGAAGAAGCGCAUUUGCAUUCUGGAUAUUGAGAUGGAGGGCGUCAAACAAGUAAAACGCACCUCCCUAAACGCCCGCUUCCUCUUCCUCGCCCCGCCCUCCCUCGAAACGCUCGAGCAGCGCCUACGAAACCGCGGCACGGAGACGGAGGAGAGCCUGAGCAGCCGUCUGGCGCAGGCGAAGAACGAACUCGAGUAUGCCAAGCAGCCCGGGGCGCAUGACGUGGUGAUUGUCAAUGAUGAGUUGGAGACGGCGUAUAAGGCGUUGCGGGACUGGGUGGUUGAUGGGGGGAAGUUUGGGGCGUUGGAGUGAACGAAUGGGACAUAUAUAUAUAUUGAAUGGAUAAGAGUGUAUGGGAAGGCGUUAGUGUUGUUUUGGCUUUUUGUGAGAGGUGAAUGGUGAUGGAGUGAGAGUGAGAGUGGAAAGGGGGACUUCUGCUGGUUAUUAUUAUAUAUACCAUGUUUUUGUUUCAGCACUUUCAUUUGGUAUCCCAGCUGUUACAGCAUUUGACACCUCUACAUAAUGUGUGCAGGGUUGUAUUUAUUUAUGCUUUCUGCCAUGUACCUAUGUACUUUAUAUUUCAUUUUGUUUCUUUUGUGUCUCUUUUUCUUCUUGGAAUACUUCUUAUAGAGUUAGACAGUGUUGUAUUUAUCUUCUUAUUUUCUUUCUCAAAUAAUCAGAUAUAGACAGAUAGAGAAAAACAUAAU